AUGUCGUAUGAAGUUGUCUGUGAAGAUUUGAAGCAGUACUUGACACCGAAUGCGGAUAUCAAGCGCUUAUUGCUGGUGACCGUGCCAUGGGAUGUACGGAAGAAGGGAGGUAUUGAGUUGCAGGAGUGUAUUCGAGCUGUGUGGGACCAAGCCAUUUGCAUCGGGUCGUUAUUUGCGCAGCAGGCUCGAGAGGAGGGAUAUGCGGAAGGUCGGAGGGACGGGGUGAAGCAGGCCGUUGUGGCCGUCAAGUCGAAAGAGAACAAUGCGCGACACACGCAGGAGUUGGAAACAGAGAGGAUGUGGGGUUUCGAAGUUGGAUGGAGACUCGCAUCGGAGAAGGGCGCGGAGAAGUGA